GUCCCCAGUCUUAAAAGCUGCGAUUCAGUUGCUCUGGUUCACAGCAGAGUGUUUUGCAUCCGUGCAGCUUUAGUAUGGCAGGUGAAGCUGGCUGGGGAUGCAGAUCAUGUCAAAUUGUAGUAGUCAUAUUAGUCCUGUACACUAUACCCCAGAGUUCAACUUGUUUUAGCUUGCGAGGGCUAGGUAAAGAAAUUAAACAAGACAAGGUAGUUGGUGAGGCUACGGUGAUGGAAGUAAGGACAGGACGCAUUCUCUUCAAUGGGAAAGAGCUCGACUCCCAUUCAGGAUUAGCUUCUGCCACAGGAAAUGAACUGCUGUAUAGAGACUUGGAUCAGUCAGAUGGUACAGGGAAGUUGCAGCAGAUGCCAGGGCUGGAGACCAAUGAAGCAGCAUGGAGGCGCUUGAAUCCUUCACUACACUGUCAUCAAAACAAGAUGAAAUUAAAAAUCGCAGGACCUGGAGUUCAUGACUUAAAGCUAGACAUGGGCAAUACACAUCUCCUGCCUUUGUUUCAGGUGCCUGAAACUUGUAGCUACACAAUGAAGCAAUAUGCACUAGGCCUCGUUUUAGUUGUUCCCUAUGAUGGCUGCAAUGUGAUACAAGAGAAUGGAAAUCAUGUGUUGCCAAUGAGUUGGCUGGAGACUCCAGUUAAAUUCAUCUGUCCCACAUUGCCAACUUCUACUAGAACACCUGCUUCAACUACUCCUGAGCCUGCUCAGCAGCCCUGGGAUCUGCCAAUUCCUCACAACUGGAGACCAUCUCGUCAUAAGCGUCAUGUGACCCAGCCCCUGUCCAUAUAUGACCCUCGUCAUCCAUAUUAUCCUUAUUUGUACUACUAUUAUUAUUACUAUAUGUAUAUGACACCAGCCCCUAGCACUGCUACAACUACCACUAAGCCUGACACGACUACCAAGCCAGCUACAGUGAAGCCUGUAUAUCCUUAUCCUUACUAUCACUAUCACCCCUAUUACUACCACUACCAUCCACAUGUGCAUGUCCCGGUGCAGACCACUGCCAAUCCUACUACGGAACCAACCACUACGGCUUCUGCCACAACCAGUCAAAAACCACAAUACCCCUAUCAUCCAGGCUAUUAUCCUUUUCCCCACUACCAUCCAAUUCCAGGGUUUCCUAACGGUUCUGAUAUUUACUACUACCCAACUAUUCAGCAUUUCCAUGGAAAGCCUCCAUACCCGCAAAACCCAUAUGUAACCACAACUUCCACAGCUACACCAAGUAGCUCAAGUCCCACGACUGCCUCCUCUGCCACGACGGCCACGACUACCUCCUCUGCCACAACGACCUCCUCUGCCACGACGGCCACGACUACCUCCUCUGCCAUGACGGCCUCGGCGACCCCCUCUGCCUCAACGACCCCCUCUGCCUCGACGGCCUCUUGUAGUCAUACGGCAAAGCCCGGGGGUGUCUAUCCAGGCCCAUUCCGUCCAUUUGUUCCUUACAACUUGCAGCCUUUUACUCCAUUUGUUUCAUAUAAAUCCAAGAUGGGGCAAUUCCCAGAUGAUCAGAAAUACAUGCCUCAAGCUGACUACAAAUCUGGACUCCAGGUUCGUGCACACCCACCCCCACAUUGGCAACCUGUGCCCUGGUUUCACCCCUCAAUUGGCCAAGACGAUCUUCAAUUUGACUGGAGAAGUCUACAGCCCAAUGUCUGACUCCAGAUGGGACUGGUGUCCUGUCAUACUUGUCAUCCAAUAAACUUUUACUUAGAACUUG